UUGCACCGCAGUCAACAGUCACACGGUGAAUGUUGCUUUAGCCAUGGAUGAUGCUAUGGAGGUCGAGGAGGCAUCGCCGACCUUGGUGACAGUGCAGUUCCGUUGGGCCACCGAGACCUUUCGGCGCACCGAGGACCAGGUGCACGGGCGUUACGUGUACCGCAGCCGGGGCACGCUGGAUGGCCUGGGCGGGCUGAGGCUCCAGUACCAGAGGUCGGAGGCCGUCGGAGCAUGGGAGAUCACCAGCUCACAAGGCAAGUGCCUCUACCGCCUGCUGGGGGACGCCGCCUCGCCCAAGGACUUCUUGGGCCAGCAGAGUUGGGCGCGCUGCCGGGGCCCGCCCUGCCAGCUGGUGGUCAUGCAGAAGCGCGAGGUGGACCCAGGCGGGUGGAUCGAGGGCGGACUUCUGGCCUUCGAUGGCAAGUGGUGAAGGAGCCCGUGCAAGAAGCCCAC